GAUGUUUCUAGACCUUGUAUUUAAUUUUUGCUGCUCCAAACGGCAAAGAGAUGAAAAGGAUACAAAAUCACAAAAUAGCAAUAAAAGUUAAGAGGAACAAUUUUUAGAACAAAGAAGGAUUGAGUUAGACAUUGGAAAAACUGCAAUGAAUGAACUAAUAAGUAGCACAAAUUAUUGAAAUUUUUAAGAAUCCAAGCCUACAUCAUCAAUUGGAUCACCUACAGAUAAUUAUCUAUAAUUAAAUGAAGAAAAAUAAUAAUAAAAAAAGAGUAGUUUCGAAGAAGACAACAUUUAAGAGAAUUAGUUUGAAUAUUAAAUGGUAGAUGAUAAUAGAGGAAAUCAUUAUUAAAUGAAAGAUCAUUAAGUAAUGCGGUAAGAGGAUAUUAAUAUUAUUUUAUAAUAGUUCCAAAUCUUAAGAGAAAGUAGAGAAGGGUUUAAAGAAGAAAAUAACUAAAACAAAAGAGAAACAAGAUGGAGAUAAAAGAGUUGUAAAAAUUUGGUAACCUGAAGAGGAUCAACGUCUUAGAAAGUUGUAUCAAGAAUAUUAAGGAAAUUGGAGUAAAAUAAUUUAAUUUAUGCCUGAACGAAAUAUUUCAUAAUGUUCUUAGCGAUGGAGAAGAAUAAAUCCUAUUUAAGUUAAUUAAAAAAUGAUAAUAUUUAGAAUAAAUAAAAAUGGACUUAAGAUGAAGAUACAAAAUUAGUAUAAUUAGUAGCUUAAGAGGGAAAGAAUUGGACUAAAUUGGCUAGACAUUUUUAAGGGAGGACAGGGAAAUAAAUUAGAGAAAGAUAUCUCAAUAAAUUAGAUCCUGCACUUAAUUUUGUACCUUGGACAGAAUAAGAGGAUUAAGAGAUUGUUAAAUAUUAUAAUUAAUAUGGUGCAAAAUGGAGUGUUGUAGCUUCUCAUUUAAAGGGAAGAUCUGUAAAAUUAUUUAAUGAUGUAGGAAAAUAUGGUGAAAAAUAGAUUUUAUUCACAUAUUUAAAAACAUUUGUUGGGUCGACAGAAUAAAUAUCAAAUUAUUUAUAAUUCUGGUCAUAGUCAAUAGAAUGGGAAUUAAUAACUAUAAGAAGGAAAUCAAAAUAUGGAUGUUGAAUAUUCUGAUACUUCAAAUAGUGAAUAAAAGUUAGUGCAUUCUGAAAAUUAUUCAGUAAAUAAUAAAUUAAAUUAUUAUAUAGUCUUCAAUAGGAUCUAGUACAUUUACUUUUUCUUAUUAUGAAGAUGAAGAUUUUAGCGGAAAUGGUUAAGAUUUAAUGUAUGAUAAUUAAUUUGAAUAAGAUUUCGAUGAAAAAGCCAGAGUGUAUUGA